UUUAUCAGGAAAAUAGGUCCAUCAGCAUUGAUUACUGAUGUGGUAUUUGUUGUGUUGUUGAACAUAUAAUAGCAAGUGCAUCAUAAUCUCGCAAAGCUUCUUGAAAUUACAGUGUCAACAUUUAAUGUUCUAAAGUUAUGGGUCCUCCCUUUUGGUUCCAAUAUUGAGAUGGGAACGAGAAUUUGUCUGAGAUUGUGAAUCAUGUCCUAAUCGUGGGAUACAAACACUCUAUACAGAUAUGGGAGUUACAACAAAGGAAUUGCCCUCUGCCUUGUGUUUAGAGGAGUCUCUCUGUGGAUGGUUGUUUUCUAAUAUCUGUAAUUGGCUGUUGACUUCUGUUAUUUCAUUGCCUUCUCAGAUAUCAGUUAGCCUUUCAAGCAGCUUACAGACUGAGGCAGAUACUGAAAAAUAUAGGGAUUUGCGAGCUCUUCUACAACUCCUUGCAAAUCUCUGUUCAAAGGAUCUGGUUGACUUCUCAUCAGAUUCCCUUGAGACCCAUGGCACAAAUAUUUCUCAGGUGGUGCACAUGGGUCUUCACAUGGUUAACCCUCUUAUAACUUUGGAGAUGCUGAAAUACCCUAAGCUUUGUCAUGAUUACUUCUCACUGCUAUCUUAUUUGCUGGAGGUCUAUCCUGAAAUGGUGUCACAACUAAGUAGUGAAUCCUUUGCUCAUGUUAUUGGAACUCUUGAUUAUGGUCUUCAUCAUCAGGACAUAGAAGUUGUUGACAUGUGUCUGAGAUCUCUGAAAGCACUUGCUUCCUACCACUACAAGGAAACGGGUGCAGGUAAAGCGGGGUUAGGUUCACAUGCUACAGUUUAUAAGGACCGUGAUGGAAACUGUCAAGAAGGCAUUCUGAACCAAUUCCUUCGUUCGUUGAUGAAAUUUCUCCUCUUUGAGGAUUACAGCACUGAUCUAGUCAGCACUGCAGCAGAAGCUCUCCUACCAUUGAUCCUUUGUGAACAGGGUCUUUACCAGAGAUUGUGCAAUGAGUUAAUAGAAAGGCAGUCAAAUCCAACAUUCAGAUUAAGGUUGACAAAUGCAUUGCAAUCUCUCACAAACUCAAACCACCUUUCUUCGACGCUUGAUCGCACAAAUUACCAGAAGUUCAGAAAGAAUCUACACAAUUUUCUUAUUGAAGUUCGUGGAUUUUUGAGGACAAUAUGAUAAGUGUUAAAAAUUUUGGGAUAUUUUCUUUUGUUUCUCCCAUUUUGUGGUGUUCUGUCUGUAUGUUUUCAACAAGAAAUCUAUUUGAAAUCACAAGAAUGCUUAAGUUUGUGAAGGCAUUCAUGUAAGUUAUAUUGUGUGGAUAUUAGAAUUACUAUAUAAAUUUUUGUGAUUCUGAAUUUUCUUGAGACCACACAUGGAAACCUGACUA